AUGGCUGACGACGCUAUCUCUAUCUAUGAUGAAAUCGAGAUCGAAGAUAUGACCUUCGACCCGAAUAUUCAAAUUUAUCACUAUCCAUGCCCAUGUGGCGACCGCUUCGAGAUCGCAAUUGACGAUCUUCGAGAUGGCGAAGAAAUAGCUGUUUGCCCGAGCUGCAGUCUAAUGAUUAAAGUUAUUUUCGAUGUGUCCGAUCUUCCCAAGGAAGACAAGCAGCAGGCAUCAGGCGUUUCCGUGAAAGCAUAA